GCAUCUAUCCACAUAUGAGAACACCUCGUAACUAUGUCUAAACAGUCACGUCUUGCUCGUCCAUCCUCGGCUGGUCCGAGCUCCAAACUUCCCUCGCCCCGACGCAACACACCAGCUGGGCGAUCCAGGAUUCUUGGAGUUGGUGAGAAAGUGAUGCGAACAGGAAAUGAAGGCAACAUAGCCAGCCAAAGACCUCUUGUGAAUGGGACAACACACUCACAAAACCAGCAAAACAAAAAUUUAAAAGAGGAUGACGAGGUGGCCCGACCCAGGAGCAGAAUCAGUCCACCUAAAGUGUCCAUAGCAACCGUAACCCAGCAACAAGUCACACUGCAGAAGCCUCUGAAGGGUAAUCUAAAGGUGACCUCCACUGAAGACACUGAACAUCUAAACCGUAAACAGCAGGUUGUCUCCGCUUACAGCCCUGGCAAUCGCUGUGAUCCCAAAUCCAGCCGUGCAGGGGUUCUACGCAGACACACUGUGGGCGGGGCACGUGACUCACAGGAGAUCCUCGCCAUGCAGCCUUCAGACAUGGAUAAAAAACGAGAGGCCUUCCUGGAGCAUCUGAAACAGAAGUAUCCGCACCAUGCCUCCGCCAUCAUGGGCCAUCAGGAACGACUCAGAGAACAGUUAUUUCAAGGGAUGUUGUCCACUCUACGCUCUGAGAUAGAUAUUCAAAGAUAUCUACUGAAGAUCAAGACACUUGGUUCAGGCCGAAACCAGAGCUCUAAACAGAGUUCAGCGUGCCCGAGUCCAGUGCCUGUGCUUGUGGAUCAGGUGGAGCACGGCUCCCUGGUCUCUCUGGAUGCUCUGGAGGUCAUGUCUGAGUGUGACUUGCCCCUUGCCUUCACCAGAGGCUCCCGGUCCCGAGCUAGUCUGCCUGUGGUCCGCUCCACUAACCAAACCAAGGAUCGCUCACUAGGUGUGUUGUAUCUGCAGUAUGGAGAGGACACAAAGCAGAUCCGAAUGCCUAAUGAAAUAACGAGUGUAGAUACAGUCAGAGCUCUGUUUGUUAGUGCCUUCCCUCAUCAGCUCAACAUGAAGAUGCUGGAAUCACCCAGCACCGCCAUUUAUGUCAAAGAUGAGACGAGGAACAUCUACUAUGAACUCAACGAUGUCAGGAGCAUCACAGAUCACUCCUGCCUGAAGGUGUACCACAAAGACCCAGCACAUGCCUUCAGUCAUGGAGCCCGGACAAGCAAUGGGGACGCAAGGGUUCACCGGGAGAUGAUAUAUUCUAUGUAUGAUGGCCAGCCGCUCCGGCAGCCACCGAUGGGACCCUCUCCACCCCACAUGCAGGGCUCCAUGUCCCCUACCACACCGCAUAACAUACCUCCUUCCCCCUCUCGUAUCCCCUUUGGCUCACGCUCUGCAGGCGGUGGAGUCGGUGGUGCCACGAUGCCACGUGAGCGAGCUGGACACCCGCUUCCUAGCCCUGCCCGUGCGGCCUCCCCCUGCCCCAGUGCCAUCCUUGAGCGUCGAGACGUCAAACCCGACGAGGAUGUGGCCGCAAAGAGCUUGUCACUUCCUGCCCGAGCUGAAGGCCAUUAUGCCGAUCCCUAUAUGUUACAUCACCAUGCCCCGCAGUCUGACACAAUAGACCACGCCUACCAUCGUGCCACCAUGCGCUCUUACAGUAACCCUGUCGUUCCUAUGGAGCCGGCGGACCAUCAUUUGCUAUUCCAACAGAAAAGCAGGAAGUACACUGAUAGCCAGUUGCCCAUGCUUGGCUCCAAAACCCCACCCCCUUCCCCACACAGAAUGGGCGAGAUGAGAGUGAUGGAUAUCCACACUGGCCAACCACAGAGUUCUAUGACUCUAGAGAGGUUCUCACCUGUGAGACAGUCAUUUAGGAAAGAGUCUCCUAUUGCUAUGGAUGCCAUGGUAAAGGCGAGGGGGGGCACGGGGUCCCCGCCAACCCCUGAUAUUCAGGGUCACAAUCCUCUGGCCCCCUCAGCAGAUCCUCAGACACGAGAGAGAAUGAAGGCCAUGGAGGAGCAAAUAGCCAGUCUGACUGGUCUUGUGCAGCACGCUCUCUUAAAGAGCCACAGCACUAACGGCAACGAGGAACAUCCCAGUGAGAAACCAGUGAAGUCUGGAUCACCAGUUCACAGCACAUCUAGCACAGGAGAUUCACCAGUAUUACCACCAAAAAUAGCUGCAGCACCACCUGAACGUAGCCCUGCCCCUACACCACCCAUAUGCUCCACCCCUUUGCACGUUAACCUUCAGCUGUUCAGAAAGAAUGUCUCCCAGUUCCGCCUUCAACUACAACAUAUGAGACAACUAGAGCUUCAGAAUCAGGAGUGUGUGCGAGCUCAGAUCAAACAUGCAGAGCAGGAGAUCAGUGUAAAACUGGCUGAAUUGCUGAGACAACAGGACGAUCCAGCACAGAAACAGAGGACACUGGUGGAAGAAGAUAGACACAGAUAUCUCACCAUGCAGGAGAGAGUGCUCACACAGCUGGGGGAUCUGGAGCAGUACAUGGACACUCUGAAGACUGACUCCAGCACUACUCUAUCACAGAGAGCUCUGACUCUGACGGAGGUCGAGGAGGGAGCCAUCAGCUUGCGGAACGUGGGAGAGAACCUGGCUGGACUGAAAGGAGAGUUUCCAGCCCUACAGACGCGUAUGCGGGCGUUGCUCAGGGUGGAAGUGGAGGCCGUAAAAUUCCUCAAGGAGGAGCCGCACAAACUCGACAGCAUGCUAAGGAGGGUUCGAACCCUCACGGACACACUCGGCAACCUGCGCAGAUGUGCCACAGAUGGCCUGCUCAAACCUUCUGACCCUAUUUCCUCAACACCCUCUACUGCCUCUGAAAAAGCAGAAUCAGCCAUCAUUGUUGAAUCCCUUGAAACUGCCUCAGUCACAAUUCAGAGUUCUACUGUAAGGUCAGAGGUCAUGGCAUCUAACCCUGUGAUGAUCCACCAUGCCCAGACCUCUCUUGUAGCUUCACAACAGUCCCAGCAAUCAACAGCACCUUCACCUAUUCCCCCUGCCACCCCCCAGAGACGAGAGGCUACCACAUCACCCACCAAACAUCUUGAAAUACUCUCAACCUCACUCGAACAGACACAAUUACAGAAUAACACCAGUAAUGGAGUCUCUAGUAAUGGCAUUCAAUGGAAAGGACCUUCUCCCAACUUGUUCAUUGACGAGAUCCAUGCAAGUCACAACAAAACCAAGAACAGGGCUGUGUCAAUAGAGGCAGCAGAGAGAGAAUGGGUAGAGAAGAGGCAGAACAUGGGUCAUUAUGAUGGGCAGGAAUUUGAGCGGAUGCUUCAGGAAGCAGAGGCCAACAUGCUGAGAGGAAUCCCAAACCUGCUAGUGCCCAGUGAACCUGAGAGCUCCUCUGCUUCUCCUGCAGUGCCUACUACCCCACUUGAGGAGACAGUGGGAAAAAAUGAGCCAAUAACAGCACCAAUAGAACAGAAUGACAAUCAGCCCAAGCCAAUUUCGGAGAAGCCUACUAAGACUGCUCUAGAGAAACACCCCAAACCACUGGAGAAACCAGUUAAACCAGCUUCGGAGAGACCUCCUAAGCCCAGCCUAUCCCUCAAAUCCAGCUUUGAGAGACAGAGCAAGUCUCAGGAAAAAAUUGUCAAGCUUCAAAGCACAGAGAAGGCUAACAAGUCCCCGCCUCCACCUCCACCUCGAAGAAAUUACCCCACCACGACUGGCAUGACCACCACCCGCUCAGGAGAGGUCAUUUACACCAGCAGGAAGGAAUCUGUCACAGCACAGGAGGGUGACGAUGAGCCCACCAGUCCAGUGUCUCAGCCCGAAUCAAAGACCCCUACAGAGCCAAAGCCCAAACCCAACACCCCUCCACCUAUAUCAGCCUCAGCCAUCACUGAGGAAGGGGAUGAGGGCGAUAAGAUCAUGGCAGAGCUGCAGGUUUUCCAGAAGUGCUCUGUUAAGGAGGUAGGGCUCAAGGUUUUGGUAGAGCCACAGAUAAGAGAGCUAAGACCUGGGGACUUACUGCCCCUUAAAGAUAAGAAGAAUACAGACAACCAAGAAGACAAGAAUCCAGCCACAGAUGAGAAUGGCAACAAUAAAAUCCGUCAGAGUCCUGGGGUCAUCUACUAUGUCACAGCUCAGAUCUCAGCUCAGAAGGGGAUGCCAUCAGCGGCAGAAGAAUCAACUGAUUGUAGGGACGCAGCACAGUCGCCCCCAUCACAGGUGUCACAUGUCAAUGAUUCUGACCAAUCCAAAAGCCAACUACAGGUAGCCACUAAUAAGUCUGGUUCCCUAAAGAUUAGUAGCCCAGUCAGCUCUUCUAGCUCUCUGGCCCAAAACCAGCUGACUCAUUCGGCCUCACUGAAGUCCAGUCCACCCUCUCAAUUGGAGGAAGUACCAGGUAGUCCAACUGAAGGGAAAGUCCAUGUGGUCAAGGUGCCUCAAGUGCAGGUUAGCAUAGACGAGAGGGUAGAGUCUCCAACAGCAAUUUGCUCACCAGUCACUUUUGGAGACACUGAAAGCAUAUAUUCGAAAGCAAUCCCUGUUGGGUCAGAUUCAGCCAUUCAUAAGCCACUACUUGGCUCCUCUAAUGUUAGGGAAAGGAAAUUUGAGGAGAUCAAAGAAAAUUAUGAAGCAUUUCUAAGUCCUGAUCAUUCAGGAGAAGAGCCACCUCCACCUCCACCUGAUAACUUUGCCUUCAUGAUCACUAAUACCAAGGUACAAGCCCUCUCCACUGGAGAGUACCAGCAGCUUGUCAAUGCCAAGAAAGGUAGUGUGCAGACUGUAACUUUUGGCAGCAAACAUCCAAGUGGUUCUGACAGUGGCUCAGCAUCAGAAGGAGUUGCCAACACCAACUGUCCCCCUGGUGCUGACAACACCAGUAAAAAGCCAGUUAUCAUCAUCUUUGAUGAGCCAAUGGACAUCCGCUCAGCCUACAAACGCCUGUCUACCAUUUUUGAAUGUGAGGAGGAGCUUGAGCGAAUGCUUGCAAAAGAAAGGAUAGAGGAGGAGAGCGAGGAAACUGAAGAAGAAGAAUGGAAUAGAGGGGUGCAGGUCAAACAAAAUGGAGAUUCUGUACAAAGUACUGGUACAACUUCUCCAGCAGAUCUCAUGGACAGUCAAGCCUCAAUCUAUUCAGGGGAUGCAAAGCUAGAUGGUAAGAAGAAGUUCAAGCUAAAGUUCCCGAAGAAACAGCUUGCAGCGUUAACGCAAGCAAUUCGCACUGGUACCAAAACGGGCAAAAAAACUUUGCAGGUCUUUGUUUAUGAGGAUGAGGAAGAGUCAGACGGAACUGUCAAACAACACAAAGAGACCAAGAGGUUUGAAAUUGCUUGUUCCAAAACAGAGUCCUCAAAAUCAAAUCCCCAGGAACCAAACAGCCGAACCGAUGAGAUUCGCAAGAGUACCUACAAAACCCUCGACAGUCUUGAGAAAACUAUAAAACAGUUAGAGAACACAAUUAGUGAAAUGGAACCAAGAUCUUCUGAAGAAACGGAAAUGAAGGACUGCAAUGUUGGAGAGAGUGUAAGGCUCAUAGAGAAAGCACGCUCUCAUAAAAAAUUGGUUCCCAGAUCUUCUGCAGCCAGCAGAGGCCCUGGUCUCCGAAAGAAGGCCAAGCCACAGCUUCUUCCUCGGCCUGCCAUCAUACCAAUUGCAGGGGUCUCAGUUACACCAGUUCCCACCCAACAGAAUGCCAGUGUGGUCUCACCUACUAGUCGGAUGCCAGUGCCAGUUUCUGCCAAGGCGAGGCAGCAACCGGGCACCUCAGACAAAGAGAGGGCAACAAAACAGCAAAAGCUACAGGACUCUCAGAGGCAAUUCCGCCAGGCUAACGGAAGUGCUAAGAAAUCUGGAGGAGAUCCCAAAUCCACUUCUCCUACCAUGCUUGCUUCUAAAAUUCCUGCUUUUUCCCCCUUUAGUGCAGUGAAAGGCUUGUCUCAGUCUGAUUCUACUAAUAAUGUUAAUUCUUCCUCUUUAUCUGCUAGCAAAUCUUCCAUUCCUCCACCUCGCUCCAGUUCCGCAUCUUCUCAUAUCCCCUCCCUCUCUAAUGGUUCUCUAAAAUUUGCAACUCCCACUCACAGCACUAAAGGCCUCUCUAUUCCCACACAGACACAAAAUGGUCGACCUUCCACCUCUUCUUCCUCUUCCUGUUCCCACUCCCCUCUGUCCCCGACUAUGUUGAGUCAGAGUGCGAAGAGUAUCCGCACCAUUCACACACCCAGCUUCACCAGCUACAGUCGGCCACACAACGGUAAAUCAGCUAUCCCCACGGUAACCGCAACUAAGGAUGCUGUGUAGAAUGCUA